GAUCUGCAUGCUAGUGGCCAUUCGACAGUAAACACUUCUCUUAGUUAUUACUCCAGGUUUCCCUUCUUCUCGGAGCUGGUGCCAAUUCUCAUUAGAGUCAUCAGUCAAACCAGUCUGUCAAUCAAUCAAUCAGUCAAUCAAUCAGUCAAUCAAUCAGUCAAUCAAUCAGUCAAUCAAUCAAUCAAUCAAUCGGUCAAAUCAAGUCAAGUCUGCUUCGUACUUCUCCCUCGGGAUCUCAAAGUGGUCAAGUAGAUUCAUUAUUUAGCAUCGCUUAUCUCCUCCUCUCCUCUCCUCUCUUCCUGCCGUCCUGCCUCCUCUCCUUCCUAGCUUAUCUUUUAAUAAGGCUAUCGGCCCCCUCCUCCAAAGUCAUUCUUGCCAAAUUACGGCCGUCCGGUAUCUUAGCCUUCAUUUAAAGUACCUAGAUAGGUACCUAGUGAUUCACUGCAAAUCAGCUGAACGCGCUCUCUCGCGCUCGCUCUUGACUUGUGCUUAAUAAACAUACAUACAUUCCUCUUCCGACCUCUGCUCAUUCUCCCCUGCUGUCAUCGCACGACAACUCUUCACACAGCUUUGGAAAUAUCACAAGAUCGAGUGCAAUACACUCCCCCUUCUAUCAAAGCGACCAUAUACUGCUGUCCCUUCACUUGGUGUUAUCAUACCGACAUCCACACCCGACCGUUAUCCGACACUCGUAUCAUGAUAAGCUCUUGAAUCACUGUACAAUCCGAGUGCUGUGAUCAUUGACCUCCAGUCUCGUCCAUUUGGAAAUUAUGCAAAGCAGCUCGAUAUCUCUUCUGAUAAGUUUUGUUAAAUUAUUUUCUAUCCCGAAUUCUUUCUACUUUUGCAAGAACGAAUCCCGUUGAAGGUAUUAUUCAAAUCCCCGACAGAUUGGGUUUCUAUCAAGUAAUAAAUACACACAACUGGUUUAUGCGGUAACUCUCAGGGCACGCGAGCAAACAAGAUGCCUACCUCAUUCUCAUUAUUCACAACACAAAAGCCGAAGCCCAAACCUACCACUUCCACUUCCACUUCCACUUCAACCUCAACCUCAACCUCUUCUUCUCCCAACCCAAAUUCCGAUUUCAGUUAUGAACAAACCUCAGAUAUCAUGCCAAAGUCAACUUCCGGUACUGAGGUUACGACCACUUUCACUUCUUCGCCAGUGGUGAUUCCCACGAGAAGUCACCACGAUAGUUUCAAAAAUGGUUUGGGAUUUGAGCCAAGGAAGGAUCGUCGUCAAACCACCAAAAAUCACUCUGUGCGAUCGAGUCGUCGCCCUUACGAUGCCCAUUCGCCGGAUGCCAUUCCCCCCUCGGUCGCUGCCUUGCUGGCGAUUACAGCCAUUCCGCCUCCCAGAUCAAACAGGAGUGCUCGCACACAUGGUACGUCGAGACAAAGAUUGACGGUAGACGCUAUAUUAAAACAUACUGCUGUGUCGGAGAAAGAACUCAGUAUAACAUUUGGUAUGAGUCCCAUGGAAUUAUUGUUGAGCCCUCCAGAAGAAAUCGAUUCGACCGAUUGUUACAGUUCGGAGAAUGGUCCGGGAUCAGUCAUGUCAAGCAGGACUACAUCGAGCGAGUCUGUACCAUCUUUGGAUGAUGCUUCCCUUAGUGAUGCAUCAACUCCGCCAAGUUCAAUAAUGACACCGAGUUCAAGAGGGAGGAGGUCUUUACCAACCAGGAGAUACCAACCAACAUUUGCGGGCGAGGAUACUCUGCACGACCAUCCUUUAUCAGAUGUCGAUGUUGAAGAGCUCGACUUUAGAGUCUUCCAAAGACCAUCGGAUUUACCCAAGGACCAACAAGAUACGACCGGCGUCGAACCCCCACGCCGCAAGUCCGCGUUCAAAUCGAACUUAACUGCAUCACUGCGUGCUUUGAGGUCUGCGGCAAAAUCAUUCUCGAGUCUCACAACACCUAUGAUUACGCCUGAUGAUUUUCUUACAAGAUCCAUCAUGUCAAUUGACCCGAAGGUCCCAUUUACGGAUGAAAGGAUGCCACCUCUCCUGGUCGAUGCACCCACCCCAGCACUGCGUCGGUAUCUCAACCCCACAACAAAUGCUCCCACGGAUGCUCAUGUGCCAACAUCUCUUACCCAAACAAUGAGUGCUACACAAUGCACAGCAUCUAUCCAAAUGCAAACAUACAAGGUUUCCAAGUCUCCAAAAGGCACUCCACCAGCCGAACUCAAUAGGCGCAGACAAGGAAAUUCCGAGGAAGCCUUUGCCGAGGUCGCGACCGGACCAGUUGCACGUCAACGCGACAUGAGGGAGAACAGUGAUUUUAUUCGGAUUGCAGUUAUGGAAAUGGCCAUGAGAAAAAAUGGAAAGUUGGACGACCGCAAACCAGGAAGAGCAAGAUGGGCUUUACCACCCAGGCAAGCAUCCAGCAAACCUUACGAAAUUGGAAAUGAUGGAGUUCCUCUUCGAUGGACUGCAAUCACUUAUUAAACAGAAUUAGAUAUUCACAUCAUUGCACAUCUACCUCGCACAAUGUAUGCGACACCUUCCCCGACAAGAUUUGGCUUCUCAGGACCUUAUUAUUCAGUGGCACUGGACUGGUACAAAAUCAAUGAUUCAUGGUUUCCGACCGACGGAUCUCAAGCGGUAUUACGCUUCAAUACCGGACACACCUCUUUUCAUAUACCGAGCUCCGACCUUCUAGAACCACACUAGUCCCACAUGUUCGGAUUCCCCCGAUCGGUCUAUGGGUGGGUGUGUCCCCAUCGAUUUAUUCAAUUUAUCCACUUCUACCCUGGAGCACGAAAAAAGGCUGUUCGCACGAUGACACAUGAAAUCUUGGGUGUUUUGCUUUCGAUUGAAAAUUUUAUCAGUCGGUAGAGGAAUUCCGACUACAAAAUUUUACUUGGCAUUGUGAUAGAUUGGCUCUUACGCAUUAUAUUACAUACCUGGUUAAUCAAUCCAAUAGCAGCUUUUGGUUUGAAAUUUCCCUGGAAGGACUGUCAGGUCGAUGGUUGCAUAUGGCUGUCGAAUGUCGUGUGUAUAGACUGGACUUGGAGAUUCUCCAGCAUGGCAUGGCAUCGUGAAGAAAGCCAGGUUCGAGCAGAUCUUUCACAAAACGCAAGAAAAAAAAUGGAAUUGGAAUGGCGGGUAAAGUCGGAGUGGUCUGAUGAUUCUUUGGGCAGGAGGUUAAUAACCCUAGUGAUGAGGAGAUGGGAAUUCUCGAAAUCCAGCUGUGCAGGCGGAAAUGCAGGUCCAAAAGACAAGGACCCACCACUAUUAUCUCAUCCCACAUGCGAGAAUGAAACUUGUUAUGCACCUAGGGUCCGAAGGCGUGGUUCUGCAUACCAAUUACGAAACAUAAAUGCGAGUGUUAAUUAGCGGUGGCGGAUGAAUAACUUUCAUUUUACGACUGAUUUUUUUUUAUGAAUACAUUGGAGGAGUUUGGGAUUUGAACUUUUCAUACAUUGCGCAGCGAUAGCGAGUGAGCGGGUUAAAGGAGUUUUCUUUAGAAACGGCUCGUCCAACACGACAUCGGUUGUUUUAUUACUUUUCUUUCAACAUUGGAGUUAUGUGGAUUGGGGUUUCAGAUGAGGGAUGGAUGGAUGGAUGGUUAGGGCAUUGGGACGAGGUUGACAUUAUACUGGCUGGGAAUUUUCCGAUACCUACCCUGGGUGGAAUGGGAGGAAAUAGAAUAUAAGAAUAUGAAGAGAGAUUAAAGAUACAAACCACA